AUUAAAAAAUGCAGAGAUUAUAGGGUGCCACACUUAGUUUAUGGAGUAGCUUUACUCCAGUUCCUUAGUAUGCAUUUGCUACUUUGAAUCUUAAAUAAUUGAAGCAAAGAAUGAAGUCUGUAGGAUCCAUCAGAAAGAUCACAAAGGCCAUGAAGAUGGUUGCUGCUUCAAAAAUGAAGUAGGAUGUGUAAAGACUUGAGAAUGGCAAAUACUUUGGUGUACGUUCUAUUUAGGAUUUGUUUGCAAAUGAAACAUACUUGUAGAAAAAGCAAUUGAGUUUCAAAAUUAAUAAGACCCUGUUGGUUCCGAUUACAUCAGACAAAGGACUUUGUGGUGGCAUCAAUUCAUCAAUUAUCAGAGAAACACGUUCAGUGGUACGUCAAAAUCGUAAUGCUUUCAAACUGUUCUUGAUUGGUGAAAAAGUAUAUGAAUAUUUAAUCACACUUUUAGUCCCUUGGAGCAUUACAAAGAGGAUUUCCUGAAUUACUCACAUAGGCUAUCACAGCCAUUCAUACACCUAUCAAUUUUGUUAAUUCAUCAUCAAUUGCUCAUCAGAUUUAAUAGAAUGUCACAGAGGAUAUUGAUUAAAUAGCAAUCAUCUUCAAUCAAUUUAAGAAUGUGGUACAAUAAGUGGUCAAGAGAGUUGAUUUAUUGAAUAGAAAGAAUUUCAUAGCUUAAUUCAGAUUGGUCACUAAAUAUGAUACAGCUGAACCAGAGAAGGAAUUUGUUCAAAAUUACAUGUAUGAAUAUUAUGUUGCAACUGCCUUCUAUCAUGCCAUGUUGAACAAUUUCGCCAGUGAAACAUCAUCAAGAAUGAAUGCCAUGGAGAAUGCCUCUAAAAAUGCUGGUGAGAUGCUUGACAAAUUGACACUUGAAUACAAUAAGGUCAGACAAGCUAAGAUCACAGUUGAGUUAUGUGAAAUCAUUUCAGGAGCCUCAGCUGUCUGAUAUUAAAUCAAUAAUAUAGAACAUUUAUAUAUUAACAAUUAAAU